CUGCAAUCAGCUGAGUUGGUUUUCCCUGCGCUAUUCUCUGCAACUUCACAAACCAAUCAACACAGCCAACAGGAUCGGAAUUAUAUUCCACCCCGGGAUCGGACUUUCUCACUAUCCCCACUAUAUAUACACAAUCCUGCUCAAUUCCAAUGGCUUGCUUGCUAAGUUCAGGAGUUGCGGGAUUAAGAAUCGAUAACGUUGAUGUUCAUGUUGCUCAAGAACUCCUGGCCAAAGGCCAUCGCUAUCUUGAUGUCAGGACAGAAGAAGAAUUCAAGAAAGGGCAUGUAGAGAACGCUUUGAACAUACCUUAUAUGAUCAUCAACAAAUCACUAGGUAGGGAGAAGAAUCCAAAAUUCAUGAAUCAAGUUUUAUCAGCAAUAGGCAAGGAAGAAAAGCUUGUUGUGGGGUGCAAAAGUGGGGUAAGGUCUAUGUAUGCAAUUGAAGAUCUUCUUAGUGAGUUGAGCAUGCAGAAAUUCAAGCAUGUGUGUAACAUGGAAGGAGGAUUUGAUGCGUGGGUGAAGAAGGGUUUGCCCGUCCACUACCCAAACAAAACGGAGCUUUAAUUAUUUUCAUCGCAAUCUUAUGUAUAAUAUAUAGUUUAUAUAAAACAUAUUAUUCUCUCUAUUGUAAUAACUCGUGACUAUUUUUAAUUAAUUAACAUGCGACUCUAUAUUAAAUAUAUCA